GAACAAACAAAAAUUGGAACCAAACAAAGCCUAAGCGCACAGUAACUUGCGACUCUUCAUCUUCUUCCUCCCUUUCCAGAAAGUCGGUUCCAGAAAAUCUGUUGCAGUGAAUGUGAUGGCCAACUCAAGAAAAUUGCUCCCAAUAGUAAUUAUGUGGGUUCUCAUUCUAUUUGGAACCCUAGCCCUAAUUCUGAAUCGAUUAAGCGAAGCAGGAAUUUCUUCAGAUCAAAAGGCAAUUGGGCUCGACAAAGAGGCGGGGAUUUUGCAGGAUGCAGAUGAAGUCACACAUAAAGUUUACUUCGACAUCGAAAUUGACGGGAAACACACUGGUCGUAUUGUGAUUGGCCUCUUUGGAAAAACCGUACCAAAGACCGCAGAAAACUUUCGAGCUCUUUGCACGGGAGAGAAAGGAAUUGGAACAAGCGGUAAGCCCCUUCACUUCAAAGGGAGCAAAUUCCACAGGAUAAUACCAGGCUUUAUGAUCCAAGGUGGCGAUUUCACUCUUGGUAAUGGUCGUGGUGGUGAAUCAAUAUUUGGCGACAAAUUCCCUGACGAGAAUUUCAAGUUAAAGCACACUGGUCCUGGGGUGCUCUCAAUGGCAAAUUCUGGAGCGGAUAGUAAUGGAUCUCAAUUUUUCAUCACAACAGUGAUAACAAGCUGGUUGGAUGGACGGCAUGUUGUGUUUGGGAAAGUGGUAUCUGGAAUGGAAGUGGUGCAAAAGAUCGAAGCACAGGGGAGGCAGAGCGGGACACCCAAAACGGAAGUUAUCAUUUCAGAUAGCGGUGAAUUGUAAUUGUAGUCCACCUCCCUCUCCUUUCUUCUCCUGUGUUUGUGUUUUUUUCGCUAUUUUGUUAUUUAUGUAAGUAGAGUCAGAUCUGAAUUUCCUCCAUGAUACACCACACUUGCUUAAUUUCAUAGAGUAUAAAUCUCACAAUACAUGUAUAUUGACAGCUACUCCUCUUUUUUUCUUUUUUUCUUUUUUUUUUUGAGAAGGUAUAUCGACAACUACUCAUUUUACACAU